AUGCUUUAUUUGAAAUGGACUGAACUUGGAAGCACACUAGACAAAAAAAGAUGCCUUAAAUUAAGACUAUCAAUCAGAAAUAACUGCAAAAUGUGAAAGAAUGGGAAUUAUUUUAAUUUGUUUCUAUGGAAUUGUUUUUGUUCAAGGCAUACCCGCUGUAAAUUCUGAAUCAGACAUAGCUAAGUUACUAGAACAUCCAUACAAUAAAUACCUUUGGGAUAACAUUCCACGGCCAUUUGAAAUUAUUUUUCCGAAAAGAGUCCAUAAGAAAGCAGACCAAAUUGCCAUCUCAACUCGUGAAAAACAGAUUCGACAUCAUGGAACUCAUGAACAUCUUGAGCAUGUCACCUUUCAGUUGAUGAUUAAUGGACAAGGACAAAAGUUAAGGCUGAAAAAAAAUGAUGCUCUGCUGUCUUCCGGAAUUCAGGUCAAACAUUACCUGGAAGAAAACCAACAAAUUAUUAGCAAGACUGUGGAGCAUUGCUACUAUCAGGGUACAGUUAAAAGAGAUGAAUGGUCUAGUGUAGCUGUCAGUACUUGUCAUGGGAUAAGGGGUGUGAUUAAUUUACACAACAAGACAUAUGUUAUACAGCCCUUACUUGGUGGAGAUGAAGGGAUACAUCAUCCACAUGUUGUUUUCAAAGCCUCCACUUCCAAAACAGAGACAUGUGGAAAUGACAUUGGUCAGUGGAGGACAUUUCAGGAGUUACAUAGGGGGGAAUUCAUUAGAAGAGUCAAAGCUAUGAAGGCCAAGAAACAGCUGCAUAUAGAUGUAAACAACAAUUCAGAGAAACAUUUAAAGAUGGCAUUAGUAUUAGAUAAUUCUGUGUAUUCCAGACUAAAUCUCUCUCAUAAAGAAAUGGUGAACUUUGCCCUACAAACAGCUAACAUGGUGGAUAUGUAUGUAAAAGAUGUAGGUAUAAGAACACGAGUGACUUAUGUAGAAUACUGGAAUGCAGGAGAUAAGAUGGAAAUAUCUUCACAGAUCAGAGAACUCCUGAAAUCUUUUCUAAUGUACAAACAGUUUCAUUUGAUGAACAUAGACCAUCAUGCAGCUCACUUUAUCACGCACGUCCCAUUAGAGGAUAACUCUGUUGGUUUAGCUAUACCAGAUAGUGUGUGUACAGAGAGAGCUGUUGGAAUAAAUAGGGUAUCAAGUGUACUGGAACCUCAACAGCUUGCAACCAUUCUGACACAUAUGUUAGGUCAUAAUCUAGGACUGAAGCAUGAUGAAGAUGUCAAACAACGGGAAUUAUACCAUAGAGGUGGUUGUGACUGUAAGGACCAGGUUGGAUGUAUCAUGUCUACAGAUGUACUGAUGAGAUCAGACACCAUUCAUUCCAGACAGUUCUCUAACUGUAGUAGAUCAGAUUUAGAUGUAUCUAUGAGUAUGGACAUUACAGCAUGUCUCAGUGCCAGUCCAAGAGAGUACUAUAUAUCUAAUGUGAUUCAAAUGGCUUUUACACAAGAAUGUGGCAACUUGAUAGUAGAAAGAGGGGAGGAGUGUGAUUGUGGAACACCUCAGGAAUGUGCAAUAAGAGAUCCGUGUUGUGAUCCAGAUACAUGUUUACUGAAGACUUGGGCCCAGUGCAGAACAGGAUCAUGCUGCUAUAACUGCACAUUUCUUCCACAACAAUAUGUUUGUCGAGAGAGAUCCACAGAAUGUGAUGUACCUGAACUAUGUACUGGUUUCUCAGGGGAGUGUCCAUCCAACAACUACAUACAAGAUGGUCAUCCAUGUGGAAAUAGCAGUGGUUUCUGUCAAAGUGGUAUUUGUCCUACCAUGGCUCUGCAAUGUCAGCAUAUCUGGGGAGAAGGAGCUAUAGGUGCAGAUGAACAGUGUUACGAAAGAUUUAAUCCCAUCGGUAAUUUUAAUGGACAUUGUGGAAAGGAUGAUAAUACAGGAUCUUAUGCUAAAUGUCUUCCAGAAAACAUAAUGUGUGGAUUGCUACACUGUGAUGGUGGUACUGUUGCUCCGCUCUUUGGGUCAGAUAAAAAUUUUAUGAAGACAACACUUGUCUCUAAUGGCAUAGAGUAUGCAUGCAAAGUGAUCCAUGGCCCAGCAGUGUUAAAUCUGCCUAAUUUUGGACUGGUACAAGAUGGAAGCAAAUGUGGAAACAAUAAAAUUUGUAUGAACAAACAAUGUGUCUCAGUAUCAGUAUUGCCUCCACUUAAAUGUCCAGGAACUGUUGACAAUGUUAUCUGUUCAGGCAGAGGGGUGUGUACACAGAAGGGAACUUGUUUCUGUGAUGAAGGUUGGACUGGUUCUGAUUGCACUGUUAAAUCCAAUAUCACCAUGACAACAGGAGUACUACGCAAACCUACAUUGCCAACCACCCCAACGACAACACUAAUCAAGGUCACUCAAAGGUCAACAGCCUUGACCACCACUACAAUAAUAACUGCACCUCCAGUAGCUGUUGUAAAAGCAGAUGAAAGUGGAAUAAGUACAGAAUGGUUGGUGAUUAUUUUAGCCUCAGUGGUUGGAUCUCUGGUGUUCUUGUUAGCUGUGACUUUCCUGUGUUAUAGGAGAACAAGUCCAGUGAAGAAGAGAUUUUUUGGAAAGGGAAACAAAUCCAUAAAGUUUGGUGCUACACCUUCUUACAAACACCGUGGGUUAUUUGGAAAGAAGAAGAAGGGGACCAGUGAAGAAGAAAGUGAUAUUGGUGAGCUCCCCCCACCACCUGUUAUUAUUUCUGAUCCUAAUUCAGCUAUGCCUGAGAGGGGUAUACUGAAAAACAAUCGUAAAUCUAGUGAUGGAAGUCGUAGUAGUGAUACAUACACUGGUACCGGAGGAACAGAUACUGCAGACCAGGAUAGUGAAGGUCCUUAUGGACUGGAAACAGAAGAUGAUGAGGCAGAAGAAAUUCAGGAAAUUCUUAAUCGGAAAUUUGAUCCUGAAAAAUCUAUGGAAGCCUUAGAUCAGAUAGUGGAUUCUUCCAGCUUUGACUUUGUAUUGCCAUCCCCAUAUUUUAGUACUGUUGGUAAUUGUACAGAUAAUUCUCCAACCAAAAGACUUUUUGGAUAUGAUAUACCUCAGUUCUCACAGCAAACACCACAACGUCCAUUUUAUUGGAAAAAUAAUUUGUCAUCCCCUCCAAAGUCUAGAGUAGUUAGAAUGAAAAACUUAGAUGAAUUGAUACAACAAAUUGAUCGCCAUACUAUUGAUCUGUCCCCAUCACCAGAUGAGCUUCAGAUGCAGAUAUCUCCAUCUACAUCAGAGGAUGUUCGUAGUAAUUCAACCGAUGAUAGACAAUAUCACAACAAUCACACUCCUCCUAGUCCAUUGUCAAUAGCUAGCACUAGUACUAGAGACACCUACAGACCAUUUUUAAACAGUCAGUGGACAAAAUAUAUCUUGCGUAGAAAUGAAAUGGAUGAUUGUGGUAUGGAUGUGUAUGGAUCUGAAUCCCCCAUGCCACAGAUCAGUAUCCCACCUCCUAUGAGUCCACUAAACAUCCGAAGUAUAUAUAACUAUGCACAAAACUCACAUGGAAGAGAUGUGAAUGAUACACCUAUAGGAAGUCAGGCAGGGGAUUGUGGAUCAACUCAUGGUACCACAAGUUCUAGAAAUGGAUAUGAAAAAAGUUCAGGCUAUGGUAGUGAACAUGAUCCUGAACACUUCAGUACUGAUGAAAUGUCACGUAAUCAGUCUCGCUCAGGAUCACUCUCUCCUCCACCUUACAGUGCAGUGAUAAGGGCGGGCCCAAAUAAAAUCAAAUUAGUAUCUGCCAAAAAAUUACAUGAUACUGGGAUUGGGGAUGAAGACUUACAAAAACUUUUACAAGAAUUACCAAAAAUAGAUUCAGGAUCUUACAGCCGUCAUCCUGUGAAAUCAGAAGCUAGUCUCCCACCAAAAGAAAGUGAUCCCUUGUUAGGAGGACAUUUACAAGAUGAGCAGGAUUGUAUUGAAAAUGCUCCCUGUAUUGACUGUAGUGUUGAAGAAAUACCAAAUAGUAAGUCUCGACGAAAAAGUCGUGGAUCUGUCAAUAGUCAGCUGAUGAAUAUAAGCUUUAAUCAGAAUGGUGAAGACAGGGAUUGUGUUGAAGUAACUGACAAUAAACAUAAUUGUGCCAUUGAUGUUGAUACUUAAAUUACUGAUAUUUGUAAUGGUUAUAUUAUACAUCAGUUGUAAUAUGUUUUGAUUGUAAAUACAGUUAAAUGUUAUAUAAUACCAGUUUCUUACCCAUAAUUCUAAUUACAUAGAUAUAAUAAUAGAAGUUAUUUAAUAAAGAAAAUAUUAUUUUACACUAUGGAAUGAAAUUUAGAUAAAAACAAAUAUUCAUCGAUUAACAAGCCAAAUGACAGAUUCUUUUACAGCAUUCACUUCAUACAAGUACAUUUGUUGGCAAUUUGUAUUUAAUAAAAUGAUAAAAAAAAUAGUUAUUAUGAUAUACUUAUACACUUAAGAUAACAUAUAAUCUUCUAUAUACUACAUUACUACAUUUUUUGUUGUAUAGACUUUGUGCCAAAGUCAAACUUGGCAGCUUGUUAUUAUACUUAUAGUUUUACUACAUGCAUAGAAACAGCAGUGCUGUAACUUGUUUUAAAACUAAGAACAAAAUAAACAUUAAAUAUGUACAGCAAUGAGCAUGAUUAGCAAGUGUGGAUUUAUGGUAUGGAACAAUGUAAGAAUCCAUUACUCAAAUCUUUUUGAUUAAAGUUAAAGUAGAGGAAUUGUAAAAUACACAUUUCUGUAUAAUAGAAAAACAAUAGUGUUCUUUUAUCUGUCUCAAUUAAUGGCUUAUCCUGCUUAUUGUACAAAUUUUGCAUAGCAUUCCUUUAUAUUGAAUAUUUUUACUUUAAAAAUUGUCUUAAAACCUCACUUCAAUUAACUGGUUUGUCAUGUAUCUUAGUCUUCUAAAUAUUUAUCAUUUUGAUUAAGAUCUUAUCUUUUUGUUGUUCAUAGAAAUACUCUUAAAGAAGCAUUUUUAAAUAAGUUUAUAUGAAAGAAAGACUUUUUAGUAAAUGUAAAAGACAAAAGUUUGUGAACUGCCUUCAAGUUAGAAUUACUUGUUCUUUAUAUGUAAUUAGUAAAAACAGUUAUUUGAAAUGAGGUUUAAAUACAAAUUUAUGUUUUUAUUUUCUAUUAAAAGUAUUUUUAUUUAAGUAUUUUAUACCCAGCAUUAUUUGUUAGUUUUGCACCUUUAUUUUUUUAAAUAAUUUUUGUUUUGUUAUAUUUUUAUGUUAUUUUUAUUUUUCAUUAAGUAUCAAUUUAAUUUAAGUUUAAAUUGAAUUUCAUUAACAUAUAAUGAACAAUUACUUUAAAACUAAUUGACAUAAAAAAAAAAGACAACUUCACAACAAAAGUGAAGAAUUUUAUCAAAAUUGAAGGGUUUUUUUUGUAAAAUUGUUAUUUGAAUCUAAUGUGAAAAACUUUAGAUACAUAUAAGGCAACUUUUCUAUAUAUGUAAUUUUUUUUGCAAUUUAGUUAUUUCAUAUCACUCUUUAUAGUAAUUUUUAUUUCCAAAGAUAAUAGUUUUGAAAUAGGACUUGUUACUAUUCUGAAAAAAAUUAACCAAUAGCUAGAAAAUGUAUAGCAAAUUAGUAUUGAAUGUAGAACCAAAAUUGUUAUGAAUAUAAAUGGUAUUAGGUUUUUAUUGAAAGAUCUAGAAAGUACUAAUUAUAAAAUUUGACCUCAUAUUAAUAAACUUGUAUAUCUUAUAAUGUGAAUCAUGUGACAUAUAAACAUUAAGUUAUAAGUUGUUUUCUAGAAUCUCAUUUAGAUUUUUAGUUGUAAUAGAUAUUUUUAGAAAAUAAGUUGAAUGAUCAUUUUAUGAUAUAAUUCAUGCUACUUUUUUUGCUAAGUGCAAUAUGGAUAUGAUCAAAUUACAUUGUAUAAAUAUAUGAUAUUGUCCAUCUUAUUUUUGCUCACUUUAUUCUUUUGAAUCUACUUACACCUUGCUAAUAAACAUGUUUCGGUUUGAAUCAUUUUAUUUUUUUAAUACACAAAUGUAUACAUACUUUAAAUGUGUUCAAUCUUGUCCAGUUUUCCAUGCCAACAUAAAUGCCUUUUGUUGUCAUGAACAAUGACAAAAAAAUAUUUUUUCUGGACUAAAGCAUUAGAAAUGAGAUCUAGCCUUUCUAGACUAAAGCAUUAGAAGAGAGAUAAAAAAAUCAUCUUCUUUCAGUUGCUAGUGCAUUGUGAAAGUAUUUCACUUUUAAAAGUUGGAUAUAGCUAUUAAUCAAGUAAUGAUAAACUGUUUAAAACAGCAUUAACAUGCUGCUUUGAAAUGACUAUUUAGUAUAUUUUUUUCACUGCUAAGUUAUGGCUUUCAUUUUUUAAGGUUGUUUUUUGGUAGUAUAUGUGGUAUCUUAUGGUUGUUACUUUAUUUAUAAUGUUUAUAUAAAGUGGUGCUUUAAAUGUUGUUGUCACAAAUAACAUUAUUUUCUAUACAUACUUAAUUCAUCAGUCACUAACAUUUUGAAAGAUAGUUAUCAAUUGUGAAAAGGUAGCUUAAAAUGUCAGCAUUGCCAGGCCCUGAAAAGAUAUUUUUAAAACCAAAAGACAUGUAUUUUUCUUUUUUCAAUUUUAAGAAAAUUUUAUUUUUGAUUCAGCAAAUGAAAAUGUUUAUAAAUCUUUUUAUCAAAGCUGAAUAUUGCAAUUAAAAUGCAUGAUUUAAAUUUAACAAUACAAUAACUUUCUUACAACAACAAAGAAAUACUUUUGGUUUGAUCGUUUUAAAAGAGCUGACAUUUUUAGUUUAAGGGCAUUUGACAUCCGUUUAUGAAAACAAUACUUUAAGAAUUUAGUCAUUAUAGUUCUGAGUGGAAAAAUAAAAAAUUGUUAUUUUUGUGUGCUCAAUGAAAUUAAUGUGAUGUAACAGUAAUACAAGCAUACUAAAGAAAACAUUUUGAAAGAUGAUUUAUAAUAGUCAUGGUUAUAAAUACUCUACUGUAUUUGUCACAAAGUAAACAAAAUUAUCAUAUUG